ACAGGAACAAGAAGAAGGGGGCGGGGGCGAUUUAAAGAUGGCGGCGGUUCUUGAGCUCGCUGUGUUUCUUGCGUCGUUGUAACGGUUUUGGCUCCUUUAUGACGUCACUGCGUUACCGGGCCGCGUUACCGGAUGCCUCGUGUGAACCGGACAUCGGUUCUCUGGCUGCUGAUCAUCUGCAGCUCCGCGUUCCUGCUCUUCCAGCUGUUCUAUUACCGGCAGUACGACAUCAGCAAGGAGCCUGGUUCUCACCUCCUGAACCCAGCAGGUCACCUGACCUCCAGCCAGGUCCAAUGGCUAAUGCUAAAGAAGUUCCUAGCGUUAGCGCAGCAUUUCCAGCUGCCACUGUUUCUUGCCGACACCGCGGCGCUUGCAGUCAUCUCCCAGGAGGCUUUGCGGCAGCACAGACGGUCGGUGCAUGAGUCACACUGCAGCUUCCUGUGCACCGGCCGGCCAAUCACGUCCUUCGCUCUCAACGCCAACCUGUGGACCUACAACGCUGGAUUCCUAUUGGCUGCUGAGCAGAAAGGCUUUGAGGUGCUGCAGCUGCGAGGACCAGACCCACGAUUGGCCAGUCUGGACACCCUGUCAGGAGAGGACAUCCCUCUGCACUUCCUGCUCCGCCUCCACGGCUACGUCAUCCAAGUGGUUUUCCUGUACGAGCGAAGUGGGAACUACUUGUGGCACGGAGCGUUACGCCUCAAAGCCGACAUGGACCGGAGCUUCGCCGCCUUCACACAGCUGGACUACGGGCGCCACCCCGGAGCCUACGACAGGCCAGAGCUGGUCCUCACCGUCCUGGACGGCCUCGAUGUUCGAGUCCCUCGAAACAUCUCCCGCUUCCUGGAGCAGCAACGCCACGCCCACUUCCUGGAAUGCCGUUACCAUGACGCCCGCAACUUCCUGCAGCUUCAUCCCGACGACUCGUCUCCAUCGGCUCUCGACUUCAGGAGGAAGGCGAAGUCGCUGCUACAGCUAACGGCUAAGACCCUGGCACAGCUGCACGUGCCCUUCUGGCUCAGCAGUGGCACCUGCCUGGGCUGGUUCAGGCAGUGCAGCAUCAUCUCGUACAGUCGUGACGUGGACAUCGGUAUUUUCGUGGAGGACUUCCGACCCGACAUCGUGUCUGCGUUCAGAGACGCCGGCCUGUCACUCAAACACAAGUUUGGGAAGGUGGAGGACAGUCUGGAGUUGUCCUUCCUGAGUGAAGACGUCAAACUGGACAUUUUCUUCUUCUACAAAGACGGAGACGUCUUCUGGAACGGGGGGACGCAGGCGAGGAGCGGCAGAAAGUUCAAGUACGUCUUCCCUCGGUUCUCGCUCUGCUGGGCCGAGCUCCUGGAGCUGAAGGUUCGAGUCCCGUGUGAGACGCUGGACUACGUCACAGCCAACUACGGCGCCAGCUGGGACGUCCCGGUGAGGAACUGGGACUGGAAGCGGUCGCCUAGCAACGUGCAGGAAAACGGGGUGUGGCCUGUGGCCGAGUGGGAGGAGCUUAUCCAAGUGUAUUGAAACAGAGCGAAUUAUCAAAAAGGCCUUUGAAGGCGACUGGACUCAUAGAUUUAAAAGAUCUAGAUUAGAUUCAACUUUACACAUGUUCAGUGAAAUAAAGGAAUAAAACUAAA